AUGAUUCCUGUUUGGGCUCUGAGUUUUGUGCUCCUGAACUACACUCUUGGGUUUCCCAUCUUCAAUACCACAAGGAUUCAAUCUAGCCCAUUUUGUCUUUUGGCAACUUGUUCCUUGUCGAACCUGGGUUCGUCUUUACAGAUGGGGGAUGAGAGGGCCGGAGACUUGACCAAUGAUCCGAUGGGAAUCGGAAAAAAGUGA